CGGAAAGGAAGAUGGCGAAGCGCACCAAGAAGGUUGGGAUUGUGGGUAAAUAUGGUACCCGUUACGGUGCGUCCCUUAGGAAGAUGGUGAAGAAGAUUGAAAUUAGCCAGCAUGCCAAGUAUACCUGCUCCUUCUGUGGCAAGACAAAAAUGAAGAGGAAGGCUGUGGGUAUCUGGCACUGUGGAUCCUGCAUGAAGACAGUUGCUGGUGGUGCCUGGACUUACAAUACCACCUCUGCAGUGACAGUCAAAUCUGCCAUCAGAAGACUGAAGGAAUUGAAGGACCAGUAGAAGCUACAUCCUGUUCUCCUUGUGAAACAUCCUUUUCUUUCCACUGUCAAGAUCUGUCCUUUUAACAAUAAAAAGGUUAUAAUGGAGUGGAAUCA